AUGAUCGACCAAUCUCGCUCAAUGGAGUCCCGAGUAGGACGGAAAAACCAACGGUACGGAUCAAAAGGCGAAAGGCUCGUCGCAGGGGUAGUCCCCCUGUCAGCGGACAAGACUCGGGUCCUGAUGAUCCAGUCUGCGGGACGAGGCGGUUGGGUGCUCCCUAAAGGGGGUUGGGAGACUGACGAGGCAAAUGCCUCGCAGGCCGCCUGUCGGGAGGCCUGGGAAGAAGCCGGGGUAAUCUGCGCCGUGCAGCGAGAUCUGGGGAUGAUCCCAGACAUGCGGCCGUCGAAUCUUCUGACGGCCACUGCCCCGAAGGCCUCGUAUCACUUUUUCGAGGUCGCGGUCGAGCGGGAAGAGGAGCAGUGGCCUGAGAUGCACAAGCGAAAACGGCAGUGGGUUCCAUAUGCCCAAGCCGCUGCCUCGCUUGCCAGUCGUCCGGAAUUAUUGGAGGCGUUAAAUCGCAGCUCCCUGCGGAGGUAG